AGAUGGCCCUGAACGACGUGUCCCUGUGCACCGGCGACCGAGGGAACACGGUGGCCCACCGCGCUCCCCGCGACGGCCUCAGCCCGCCGGCUUCAGCGCUGGCGACGGUCUCCGGAGACAGCGCCCUCGUGGCCGGGCCCGAGGCGGCCCACCCGGGACUUCCUCCUCGGCAGGCAACACGGCCAGGCGUCCGGACCGAGAGCCGUCGGGCGCCUGGCAGCGGCUGGAGCCCGCCGCGCUCAGUGAAGGGAAGGGACCCGGAUGGGCGGCGCCGAAGCCGCGCGGCGAGAUUCUCCCCGUACCCGACCCCCGGCGCGGGACUGGACCUGCUGCGGAGCGCGCGGCGCUGCGAGUGCGAUCCCGGCCCGCAUUUCGGCUUAAAAAGCAUACCGCCCCGCCCCCCGAUUAGCAUGUGAACAAGGCCUCUAAAUUAAUCCUUUCUUGGUGCA